AUGUACUGGGUGGCUACCGGGAGUCUGCUGUUCUUGUUGGGCUCUUCUCAUCUCCUGCAUUAUCUUCCAUUUUCCUUCCUGCUUGUGGCUGUCGGCGUCUCCACGGCGGCUGGCAUCAAGCUGCGCGGCUGGCAUCAAGCUGCGCGGCUGGCAUCAAGCUGCGUGGCUGGCAUCAAGCUGCACGGCUGGCUCUGCUCACAGUUCCGUGCCCUGAUGUUUGCGGCAGAGCUCUGGGACUUUGCAUCUGUGAAGUUUGGGCUGUUCUGCUCAGAAGCCAGGAACAGCCCAUGCCCACCAGGCCCCGACCCGCCAGCCCGUGCCCCCAGGCCCCGACCCGCCUGCCCAUGCCCGCCAGCCCGUGCCCCCAGGCCCCGACCCGCCAGGCCCCGACCCGCCAGCCCGUGCCCGCCAGCCCGUGCCCGCCAGCCCGUGUCCCCAGGCCCCGACCCGCCAGCCCGUGCCCGCCAGCCCGUGCCCCCAGGCCCUGACCCGCCAGCCCGUGCCCGCCAGCCCGUGUCCCCAGGCGCCGACCCGCCAGGCCCCGACCCGCCAGCCCAUGCCCGCCAGCCCGUGCCCUCCAGCCCGUGCCCCCAGGCCCCGACCCGCCUGCCCAUUCCCCCAGGCCCCGACCCGCCAGCCCGUGCCCGCCAGGCCCCGACCCGCCUGCCCAUGCCCCCAGGCCCCGACCCGCCAGCCCGUGCCCGCCAGCCCGUGUCCCCAGGCCCCGACCCGCCAGGCCCCGACCCGCCAGCCCGUGCCCGCCAGCCCGUGCCCUCCAGCCCGUGCCCCCAGGCCCCGACCCGCCUGCCCAUGCCCCCAGGCCCCGACCCGCCAGCCCGUGCCCGACAGCCCGUGCCCGCCUGCCCAUGCCCCCAGGCCCCGACCCGCCAGCCCGUGACCCCAGGCCCCGACCCGCCUGCCCGUGCCCGCCAGGCCGUGCCCGCCAGCCCGUGCCCCCAGGCCCCGACCCGCCAGCCCGUGCCCGCCAGCCCGUGUCCCCAGGCCCCGACCCGCCAGGCCCCGACCCGCCAGCCCGUGCCCGCCAGCCCGUGCCCUCCAGCCCGUGCCCCCAGGCCCCGACCCGCCAGCCCAUGCCCCCAGGCCCCGACCCGCCAGCCCGUGCCCGCCAGCCCGUGCCCGCCAGCCCGUGCCCGCCAGCCCGUGUCCCCAGGCCCCGACCCGCCAGCCCGUGCCCCCAGGCCCCGACCCGCCAGGCCCCGACCCGCCAGCCCGUGCCCGCCAGCCCGUGCCCUCCAGCCCGUGCCCCCAGGCCCCGACCCGCCUGCCCAUGCCCCCAGGCCCCCACCCGCCAGCCCGUGCCCGCCAGGCCCCGACCCGCCUGCCCAUGCCCCCAGGCCCCGACCCGCCAGCCCGUGCCAGCCAGGCCCCGACCCGCCAGCCCGUGCCCCCAGGUCCCGACCCGCCAGGCCGUGCCCGCCACGCCCCGACCCGCCAGCCCGUGCCCGCCAGGCCCCCGACCCGCCAGCCCGUGCCCGCCAGGCCCCGACCCGCCUGCCCGUGCCCCCAGACCCCGACCCGCCAGCCCGUGCCCCCAGGCCCCGACCCGCCAGCCCGUGCCCGCCAGCCCGUGUCCCCAGGCCCCGACCCGCCAGGCCCCCGACCCGCCAGCCCGUGCCCCGCCAGCCCGUGCCCUCCAGCCCGUGCCCCCAGGCCCCGACCCGCCAGCCCAUGCCCCCAGGCCCCGACCCGCCAGCCCGUGCCCGCCAGCCCGUGCCCGCCAGCCCGUGCCCGCCAGCCCGUGUCCCCAGGCCCCGACCCGCCAGCCCGUGCCCCCAGGCCCCGACCCGCCAGCCCAUGCCCCCAGGCCCCGACCCGCCAGCCCGUGCCCACCAGCCCGUGCCCUCCAGCCCGUGCCCCCAGGCCCCGACCCGCCUGCCCAUGCCCCCAGGCCCCGACCCGCCAGCCCGUGCCCGCCAGGCCCCGACCCGCCUGCCCAUGCCCCCAGGCCCCGAUCCGCCAGCCCGUGCCAGCCAGGCCCCGACCCGCCAGCCCGUGCCCCCAGGCCCCGACCCGCCAGCCCGUGCCGCCACGCCCCGACCCGCCAGCCCGUGCCCGCCAGGCCCCGACCCGCCUGCCCGUGCCCCCAGGCCCCGACCCGCCAGCCCUUGCCCGCCAGGCCCCGACCCGCCAGCCCGUGCCCACCACGCCCCGACCCGCCUGCCCAUGCCCCCAGGCCCCGACCCGCCAGCCCGUGCCCGCCAGGCCCCGACCCGCCAGCCCGUGCCCGCCAGGCCCCGACCCACCUGCCCGUGCCCGCCAGGCCGUGCCCGCCAGCCCGUGCCCCCAGGCCCCGACCCACCUGCCCGUGCCCACCAGGCCGUGCCCGCCAGCCCGAGCCCCCAGGCCCCGACCCGCCUGCCCGUGCCCCCAGGCCCCGACCCGCCUGCCCGUGCCCGCCAGGCCAUGCCCGCCAGCCCGUGCCCCCAGGCCCCGACCCGCCAGCCCGCCCCGACCCGCCAGCCCGUGCCCCCAGGCCCCGACCCGCCAGGCCCCGACCCGCCAGCCCGUGCCCGCCAGCCCGUGCCCUCCAGCCCGUGCCCCCAGGCCCCGACCCGCCAGCCCGUGCCCCCAGGCCCCGACCCGCCAGGCCCCGACCCGCCAGGCCCCGACCCGCCAGCCCGUGCCCGCCAGCCCGUGCCCGCCAGCCCGUGCCCCCAGGCCCCGACCCGCCAGGCCCCGACCCGCCAGCCCGUGCCCGCCAGCCCGUGCCCGCCAGGCCCCGACCCGCCAGCCCGUGCCCGCCAGCCCGUGCCCGCCAGGCCCCGACCCCGCCAGCCCGUGCCCCCAGGCCCCGACCCGCCAGCCCGUGCCCGCCAGGCCCCGACCCGCCAGCCCGUGCCCCCAGGCCCCGACCCGCCAGGCCCCGACCUGCCAGCCCGUGCCCGCCAGCCCGUGCCCCCAGGCCCCGACCCGCCAGCCCGUGCCCCCCAGCCCGUGCCCCGAUGCCCCGACCCGCCAGCCCGUGCCCCCAGGCCCCGACCCGCCAGGCCCCGACCCGCCAGCCCGUGCCCCCAGGCCCCGACCCGCCAGCCCGUGCCACCAGGCCCCGACCCGCCAGCCCGUGCCCGCCAGGCCCGGACCCGCCAGCCCGUGCCAGCCAGGCCCCGACCCGCCAGCCCGUGCCCGCCAGGCCCCGACCCCGCCUGCCCGUGCCCGCCAGGCCGUGCCCGCCAGCCCGUGCCCCCAGGCCCUGACCCGCCAGCCCGUGCCCGCCAGCCCGUGUCCCCAGGCCCCGGCCCGCCAGGCCCCGACCCGCCAGCCCGUGUCCGCCAGCCCGUGCCCUCCAACCCGUGCCCCCAGGCCCCGACCCGCCAGCCCGUGCCCCCAGGCCCCGACCCGCCAGGCCCCGACCCGCCAGCCCGUGCCCGCCAGCCCGUGCCCGCCAGCCCGUGCCCCCAGGCCCCGACCCGCCAGGCCCCGACCCGCCAGCCCGUGCCCGCCAGCCCGUGCCUGCCAGGCCCCGACCCGCCAGCCCGUGCCCCGAGGCCCCCACCCGCCAGCCCGUGCCCCCAGGCCCCGACCCGCCAGCCUGUGCCCCCAGGCCCCGACCCGCCAGGCCCCGACCCGCCAGCCCGUGCCCCCAGGCCCCGACCCGCCAGCCCGUGCCCGCCAGGCCCCGACCCGCCAGCCCGUGCCCGCCAGGCCCCGACCCGCCAGCCCGUGCCCGCCAGGCCCCGACCCGCCAGCCCGUGCCCCCAGGCCCCGACCCGCCAGGCCCCGACCCGCAAGCCCGUGCCCGCCAGCCCGUGCCCCGAGGCCCCGACCUGCCAGCCCGUGCCCGCCAGGCCCCGACCCGCCAGCCCGUGCCCCCAGGCCCCGACCCGCCAGGCCCCGACCCGCCAGCCCGUGCCCGCCAGCCCGUGCCCCGAGGCCCCGACCCGCCAGCCCGUGCCCCCAGGCCCCGACCCGCCAGCCCGUGUCCCCAGGCCCGACCCGCCAGCCCGUGCCCCCAGGCCCCGACCCGCCAGCCCGUGCCCGCCGCCCGUGCCCCCAGGCCCCGACCCGCCAGCCCGUGCCCCCAGCCCGUGCCCGCCAGCCCGUGCCCGCCAGCCCGUGCCCGCCAGGCCCUGA